AUGCGCACGCAGCAGCAACAGUACGAGCCGCUGGGCACGCUCGCGCCCGCGCUCUUCGGCAGCGUGCAAAAGUGGCUCCACGUGCCGUCGGGCGAGUGCGUGGCCGUCAAGCGCAUGGAGCUGCGCUUCGCCGCGCGCAAGCGCUGCAAGAGCUCGGAGCGCGCCGUGGACGAGGACGUCUUCGCCGAGAUCAAGAUCAAUCUGCGCGUGCAGGCGCUGGGCGGCCACGCGCACGUGCUGCCGCUGCGCGACUGCAUCAUGGAGGACGAGGCCGUGCUGCUCGUGCUCCAGUUCUGCGAGCGCGGCGAGCUGCUCGACCUGCUCAACCGGCAGCGCGCCGCCGGGCUCGAGGUCGACGCGCCGCGCUACUUUGCGCAGAUCCUGCGCGGCGCCGAGUUCCUCCACGCCAACGACAUCGCGCACCGCGACCUGUCGCUCGAGAACGUGCUGGUGGACGCGUGCGACUGCUGCCAGAUCACGGACUUCGGCUUGGCCACGCAGUGCUCCGGCACGAUGGCAGUCAAGCCGGUGGGCAAGCUUAGGUACAUGGCGCCCGAGGUGAGUGCGGCGCUGGUGUAUGACGACGCGCUGUCGAGCGAGUACGACCCCAAGGCCGCCGACGUGUGGGCGCUGGGCGUCAUGCUGUACGCCAUGGUGGCGGCGCGGUAUCCGUUCAAGGAGCCGCUUCGUCGGGACAACCGGUUCAGGUUGCUGGAGGACUUUGGAGUGGAUUAUUUGCUGGAGAAGGACGACGUGGACGUGAGUGGGAAGGAGGACGUCGUGGACUUGCUGAGGAAGCUGCUGGUCGUGGACCCUGCCAAGCGCGCGACGCUGGCACAGCUCGAGUCCCAUCCGGCGCUGCCCGCUGAGGUUGAGAGUGAGACGCGACCGGCGAGUCUGACGGAGAAGCCUGAGGACUCGCAGCCUCUGCUCUCUGUAGCUGCUAGCAAUGAAGACGGGCGGCGACGCGCGCGGUCGCUUGGACGCUUCACCGGGAAGGGCUCACUGGCGUCGGUGGGCCCCAACACUCCGCUAUCCAACGCUGAGAAGAGCAAGCAAGCUCUUGCUGCGUCGGCACUGAAAUCAACAGCAGUGGCUGCAGCUCCUGCCACGGGGUCCAAGAACCCUCGCAGGUUGCUGCGGAAGUGCUUCGCCACUGCGCGAGCGUAA